CAUAUUGCUAAUACAGUACGAGCGCUUACUCUCAAUCGAUACAAGUCAGUCGAACACGUUCAUACAGGAUGUACAAGAUAAUUGUACUUAUGGCGUUCUUAUUCUUACAUGCAACGGCAUGCGACGACGACGACGACGAGGACGAUGACGAACCUGAUAUAUGCAAUCUGCGAUUAGACGUUGGUUCGGGCUCAGAGUCUAUCACACGUUAUGGCUUUAUCGGUUCAAGAGGCUGCAUCCCGUUCACGUACAAAGGAAAUGGAGGAAAUGCAAACAAUUUCAGUACCCGUUCCGCUUGCCACAGAUUUUGUAUUUACUGACAUCCCUGUUUCAACCUUUCCCUGUUUCAACCUCUUCUUGUUUCAUCCUGUAUUAAUAUUCGAUAUAAUUUCAAACGUAAAAAAAAAACUGAUUCAUAGCUUACUUAAUAUUUUUUGCAAGCGAAUUGUGUGUGAAAUGUGAAAUAAAACCGCAUUCUCUUCUCUUUUCUUCUCUUAUCUUUUACCUCUUGCCUUAUCCUUCUUUUCUUAUACUUUAGAUAAUUGUAUAAUGUGUGCCAAUAAUAUAAAUUUUAGUAUAAUAUUGUAUCCCACAAAAAAACCGA